AUGCCUGCCGGUGAAUUCGUCAGCCCAAUCCCACCACCUCCGGAUUCCGCCGAAGAAGAGUCGUGGCUGUGGACCCGGAUCAAAGACGAGGCUCGGCGUGACGCCGAAUCCGAACCAGCUCUCGCCAGCUAUCUCUACUCCACUAUCCUCUCUCACUCUUCUCUCGAGAGGUCUCUAUCCUUCCACCUUGGGAACAAGCUGUGUUCUUCAACCCUUCUUUCAACUUUGCUCUAUGACCUCUUCCUCGACACCUUCUCCAACGACGACGCUCUCCGGUCAGCCACCGUCGCUGACCUUCGCGCCGCCAGGUUUCGUGACCCGGCUUGUGUUCUUUCUCUCACUGCUUGCUUAAUUACAAAGGGUUUCUGGCUUGUCAGCACAAAUAAUAUAAUAUUUGUGGGUGUAUAUGGUCCAUUCUUCCAAACAACAAGCACCCUUGGGGUAGAGUUAAUUAAGGUAUGGUAUAGCAGCCUUGCUGAGCGAGCCUCUGGAUCUCCUAUAAACCCCCAUGAUGUGGUAAAGGGAGGAUAUUAG